CACCACGGUCCAGGAGCUGCUGCGCUCCGAGCAAGACUUUGUGGACAAGCUGCAGUUCCUGGAGAGUCACCACCUGCGGCACCUGGACCGCUGCUCGCAGGCGCCCGCCGCCGUGGCCGGCCAGAAGGCCGUCAUCUUCCGCAACGUGCAGGACAUCUGCCGCUUCCACGGCAGCUUCCUGCGGGAGCUGCAGGCAUGCGCAUCCGACGACGACGUGGCCAUGUGCUUCAUCAAGAACCAGGAAGCCUUCGAGAAGCACCUGGAGUUCCUGGUGGGCCGGGUGCAGGCCGAGUCGGUGGUGGUCAGCACCCCCGUGCAGGAGUUCUACAAGGUGUGGUACAAGGACGGGGCCCUGCUGGCGCCUGGCGGCAAGUACCGGGCCCUGAGCGAGGCCCGCACCGGCCGGCUCGUGCUGGAGAUCCGGGCGGCCAGCAAGCAGGACCUCGGCCACUAUGAGUGUGAGCUGGUGAACCGGCUGGGCUCGGCUCGAGGCGGCGCCGACCUGUACAUGCAGAGCCCGGUCCUCACUCGGGACGGCCGUGCGCUGACGCUGGCCGACCUGGACGACGGCGCGCCCCAGGAGGGCGAGGCCUUUGGCGGCCCCGAGCCCCCCUGCGAGGUGGCCGUGCUGCAGAGGGACAUUGGGGGGCUCGCCGUAGGGCAGCCCGUCCUGCUCAGAGUGGGGCGCCCGCCGGGCCCCCUUGGCUCCUUCGGCCACAACCAGGGGCCCCGGGGAGGCCCUGUCCGCGGGCGGGAGGCCCAGGCUUGGGGCGCUGCCUCCCGGAAGCCCUCCCUCUACACCCGUGUCCAGCGUUCUGUGGACAGUGGCCAGAGCAGCUUCAAGACAGAGGUGUCCACCCAGUCAGUCAGCUUUGGGACAGACGCCGGCUUCCGGGGGGCGCCUGCUGCUCACCCAGGCUCUUCCUCACUAGGCCUCGGCGCCCCCACAGCCGAGCGCCCCCCAGAGGGGCCGCAGCCUGUCCCGGAAGCGGGGCCGGAGCCGCAGGCGUGGACAGUGCCCAUCAGGAUGGAGGGUGCGGCCUGGCCCGGGGCAGCGGGCACGGAGCUGUGCUGGGACGUGCACACCCACGUGUACACGGAGGCCACGCUCAGGACUUGCGUGCGCCCUGCCGGCGACGUGGGAGCCGCGAGGCCCCCGUCCAUGCAGGUCACCAUUGAGGAUGUCCAGGCACUGAGGGGCGGUGAGGCGCACUUCCAGGCUGUCAUCGAAGGCCACCCGCAGCCCACGGUCACGUGGUACAAGGGCAGCGUCCAGCUCGCGGAGGGCCCCCGGCUCCACCAGCGGCAGGAGGGGAGCACCUACUCCCUGGUGCUCAGCGAGGUGGACCAGCAGGAUGCCGGCGUCUACACCUGUCUGGCCAGCAAUGCCGGGGGCCAGGUGCUGUGCAAGGCGGAGCUGCAGGUCUACGGCGGGGACUCGGAAGAGCCAGGCGCCCGGCGGAAACUCCAGUCCUUCUACGACCCGACGGCCCGCCGCACCCCCAGGGGCGUGUUCGGCUUCGUGAAGCGGGUGCAGCACAAGGGGAACCAGGUGUGCUGCGCCGCCAAGUUCAUCCCCCUGCGGAGCCGGACGCGGGCCCAGGCCUACCGGGAGCGGGACGUGCUGGCCGCGCUGGACCACCCGCUGCUCACGGGGCUGCUGGACCAGUUUGAGACCCGCAAGACCCUGAUCCUCGUCCUGGAGCUGUGCUCCUCGGAGGAGCUGCUGGAUCGGCUGUUCAAGAAGAGCGUAGUGACCGAGGCUGAGGUCAAGGUCUACAUCCAGCAGUUGGCCGAGGGGCUGCGCUACCUGCACGGCCAGGGCGUCCUCCACCUGGACAUAAAGCCCCCCAACAUCCUGAUGGUGCACCCUGCUCGCGAGGACAUCAAAAUCUGCGACUUCGGCUUUGCCCAGAAAGUCACCCCGGCAGAGCCCCAGUACAGUCAGUACGGGUGCCCUGAGUUUGUGGCCCCGGAGGUCAUUGAGCAGAACCCCGUGAGCGAGGCCUCUGACAUCUGGGCCAUGGGCGUCAUCACCUACCUGAGCUUGACCUGCUCGUCCCCUUUUGCCGGUGAGAGUGACCGAGCGACCCUCCUGAACGUGCUGGAGGGGCGGGUGUCCUGGGGCAGCGCGCCGGCUGCCCACCUCAGCGAGGACGCCAGGGACUUUAUCAGGGCCAUGCUGCAGCGGGCCCCGCAGGCCCGGCCCAGUGCGGCCCAGUGCCUCGCCCACCCCUGGUUCCUGAGGUCAGUGCCCGCCGAGGACGCCCACUUCAUCAGCACCAAGCCGCUCAAGUUCCUGCUGGCCCGUAGCCGCUGGCAGCCGCUGCUGGAGCACCGGGCGCUGGAGGAGCUGGCCGCCGGCGACCGGCAGGACCACAGCCGCGCCCUGGACCUCGAGGCGCCCUGUGUGGCCAGCCCCUCCCUAGGGAGCAGCGGCCCCCGGGGAGCCACCGCCGGGGGGCAGGGGGAGCCCGGGGGGCCCCUGACCGCUCCCACCGGCAGCGUGGCCGCUGCCCAGCCCGAAGGGCCCUCCCAGGACUGCUGCAGAGGGAGUGUCGAGUGCGGCCCCGCUCCCGGGGCAGGCGGCAGCCGCCAUGGCCCUGUGGGGGAGCCCCACGCCUCGCCAGCCCAAGCAAGCCCCCCGAUGGGCUUGAGGGACCGGCCGGAGGCCUCGGCCCUCCCAGGCAGGCCCGGCGCCCCCAGCUCCCUGGGCCCUGGGGACGCACAGCCCAGCCCCGCCCCAGAGGAGGACCGGAGCCCCCCGCGGCCUCAGGAGCAGGCGACCACGAGGAAGUUCUCCCUGGGGUACCGCGGGGGCUACGCGGGCGUGGCGGGCUACGGCACCUUCGCCUUUGGGGGCGACGCGGGGGGCAUGCUGGGGCAGGGCCCGCUGUGGGCCAGGGUGGCCUGGGCCGCCUCCCAGUCCUCGGAGGAGCAGGACGAGGCGGGGCUCCAGAGCCCCCCGACGGCAGCCGCCUCGGGGCCCCCGCUCCCAGGCAGUGAGGGUCUCCCCGGCGUCUGCCCGGAGCCGAGCGCCUGGCAAGACGCGGACCAGGGUGCCCCAGUGUCCCUGGUGCAGAUCCGGGACCUGUCGGGGGACGUGGGGGCGGCCGACACCCUGUCCCUGGACAUCUCGGAGGUGGACCCUGCCUACCUGAACCUGUCCGACCUCUAUGACAUCAAGUACCUCCCCUUCGAGUUCAUGAUCUUCAGGCGGGUGCCCAGGCCGGCAGGGCCGGAGCCGCCCUCCCCUGAGGCCGAGGCCGAGGAGGAGCUGGCCGGGCUCCCGGAGCCCACGUGGCCCUGGCCGGGCGCCACCAGCCUAGAGAUCACGGAG